CAAAGAUCGAUGGGCAACGCGCAGGCGCAGGUCGGGCGGACGGGAACCAUCGGCCGCCAUGAGGUCGAGGUCGUCAAGUACCUCGGCGAAGGCGGGUCGUCCUUCAUCUUCCUCGUCAAGGACGCGCGGUCGGGCCAGCCCUAUGUGCUCAAGCGUGUCGUCGCCAACGACGGGCCGUCCAUGGAGCUCAUCAAGAGCGAGAUCGCACUCCAGCAGCGCUUCAAGCAUGCAACGGUCGUCGAGUUUGUCGACUACGCCGAGCGCAAGGAGCGCCAUGAGACCGAGGUGUAUAUCCUCAUGGAGUACUGUCCCGGCGGCCAUUUGUACGAAAACAUGCGCAAGAUGGGCGAGAAGCGCUUUAGCCAAGACGAGCUGCUCACGACGUUCAAGUCGCUCUGCGUGCCGCUGCGGCUAUUGCACCACCACGAUCCGCCGGUCGCGCACCGCGAUAUCAAGCUCGAAAACUACCUCCUUGCGAAAAACAACACGUACAAGCUCUGCGACUUUGGCUCGUGCGUCGUGGGCCCGCGCACGCUGGAGACCAAGGCCGACCGCAAUGCCGAGAUCGACAUGGUCGAGAAACGCACGACCGCCAUGUACCGGUCGCCCGAGCUCGCCGACAUUGAAGGCACGGCCAUGUUUGGCGCCGCGCGUCUCACUGAAGCCGUCGACAUUUGGGCGCUCGGGUGCGUCCUCUUUAACAUGGCGUUCUUCCGGCCGCCGUUCCCGCCCGAGGGCCUUCGCACGUCCAAGUACACGGUGCCGCCCAACUCGUACUCGAGAGAUCUGCCCGUGCUUAUCAAGCGCAUGCUGGCCGAGGACGUUGACGAGCGCGCGACGAUCGACGACGUCAUUGCGUGCGUCGACGCGAUGCUCGCCGACAAGCCGUUGCCCAAGAAAGGGUCGGCGCCGCCGCCCGCGGUGGCCAAACCGGCGCCAACGACCGCCAAGCCGCCGUCGCGGACGUCGUCGGGCAUCCAAGUGGCUAUCACGCCCAAGCCAGCGCUCGCGGUCGACUUGAUGAGCGCGCCGCCGAGUGGGUUUGCCGACUUUGCCAACUUUUCGCCAUCGAAAGGAGGCGGAUUUGAUGCGUUGAACACACCCGCGCCGACAGCACCGCUGCUGACGCCCCAGGACCCGUUUGGUGCGCCACCGCCGCCGCCCAACAAGGUCGUCGAUACCUUUGGCUUUAUCGUAAGUCCCACGAACGCAGCGCUGCCAGAGAAGCAAGCGCAGGCCCGCGACGCCUUUCGCGCGUUCGAAGAAGUCGACAAGCCACCGACGAUGCCGUGGGCAGCGCACGGAAAUGCCAACCCAAUGUCGCCCAUGGGCUUGCACAACCUGCAAUCCCCUACCGCCAACUACAGCUACAACCAGCCACCGCCGGCGGGCUACGGUCAAGGUCAAGCGCCGCCGAUGGGCUACGGCCAGCCACCUCAAGCAGGCUACGGCCAGCCACCUCAAGCAGGCUACGGCCAGCCACCGCCCAUGGGGUAUGGCCAGCCGCUCUCGUCUGGUGGCAUGGCGCACCCGCCGCAACAAGGCAUGCAGCAGCAAGGCAUGCAAGCCCAAGGCCAAAGCAACCACAACUGGAAGGCGUCGUACGAGUUCAAGUUUUAAAUCGCUGCAUAAGACAAUAGUGUCUUGGACUAUCGA